AUGACCUCUUCCAGCUGGAUCGGCGAGAGAAUUCCAGUCUUGUUACGUCCAUCGGUAUUGCUACUGCUGUCAAUAUGGCAUCACUUCAUAACCAUACUUGAAGUCGUCUUUGUGGAGCGCCGCCCGUUCGCAGUCUUCAACUUGAGCCAGAUUCGAGGAAAGGCUUUUGCUCGUCUUUGGAAGCACAAUGGCAAAGCCAUGUCCGCUGAACUGCCUGGACCAACCUUUUCUCUGCUUGAAAAAUGUCAGGGCGUAGUUCUCGACAUCGGCCCUGGAUCUGGCGAGAUGCUAAAACGUUUUACCCCCGAGAACAUCACUGCCCUGUAUGGCAUCGAGCCCGUUGAGGAACUUCAUCCUCAACUAUUACAGAACGCAGAGGCAGUCGGAUUCGGGGACAAGUUUCAUGCGCUGCUCUGCGGUGGUGAACCCGAGAGUCUCAUUCCUGCUCUUCACAAGAGCGGCAUCAUGAGCGAGAGUGGCAAAGAUGGCAUGGCUUCCGAUGGCCUCUUUGACGAAAUUUGUUGUAUUCGUGUAAUGUGUGGUGUCCCGCAUCUUCAGCAGACUAUCAAGAAUCUCUACACCCUUCUCAAGCCCGGCGGCCGCAUGGUCGUCUGCGAACACGUGGUCAAUCCGUGGAGGACUGAAGGCCGUCUCCUGGCCCGGCUUGCUCAGGUCGUCUACACGGUUCUCGGCUGGCCCUUUUUCCUGGGAGGCUGCGAGUUGCAGAGGAAGACGCACGAUGCCCUGAGAGAUGCCGGCGAGUGGGAUCGAUUUGACUUGAAAUAUUACCAGAAACAAGACGCUAUUCCGUUUAUCGUUGGCGAGUUGAUCAAGAAGGGGGAUACGAUGGACAAAUCGUAUGCAGAGGCUGUCAAAGAAUGA